AGUAAAAUAAUAUUUUGUUAAACAAAAACAAAAAAAACUCUAACUUUGUCUUAAAGUUCAAUAUUCCUGGCCGACGUUAAAAUAAAACAACCGGCGUCUUCAUUUCAGUUUUUCUCACUUCAUUUCACAUUGCCCACCGUUUCUCCACAUAUAAUACUGAUUCCAGUCAUUAUUAUAUAAAUUUCAAUUUUAAUUAGGGUUUAUCAAUUUGGGGGUUUUUCGAAUUAGGGUUAGGGUUUUGUUUUGAGUAUAAAAGAAAAGGCAAAAAAAGAUGCAGCAGCCACCGCAGAUGAUUCCUGUGAUGCCUUCAUAUCCACCUGCUAACAUUACCACUGAGCAGAUCCAAAAGUAUCUGGAUGAAAAUAAAAAGUUAAUUUUGGCGAUCUUGGACAAUCAAAACCUUGGAAAACUUGCGGAGUGUGCACAGUACCAAGCUCAGCUGCAGAAGAAUUUGAUGUAUUUAGCUGCAAUUGCUGAUGCACAGCCACAGGCACCUACUACAAUGUCUCCUCAGAUGGCCCCACAUCCUGCAAUGCAACAAGGAGCAUAUUACAUGCAACAUCCUCAGGCGGCAGCAGCGGCUGCAGCAGCAAUGGCUCAGCAGUCUGGUAUUUUCCCACCAAAGAUGCCACUACAGUUUAAUAAUCCUCAUCAAAUGCAUGACGCUCAGCAGUUACACCAAGCAGCCAUGCAAGGACAAAUGGGAAUGAGACCCAUGGGGCCCAACAAUGGCAUGCAUCCCAUGCAUAAUGAGGCUGCUCUCGGAAACAGUGGCCCGUCCGCAACUGCAGGUGGUAAUGAUGGUCGUGGUGGAAAUGGAAGCAAACAGGAUGCUAGCGAAGCAGGUGCCGACGGGCAAGGGAACUCGGGUGGCGGUGAUGGCGGUGAGGACGCAAAAUGAGAUGGGCAUCCGUGGAUACUUUUUUCGCUGUUGAUAGUAGGCAUUGCUUGAAUCAGAACUGAUUUUAUUCUGUUCUGUAAUCUCUCAGUAUAUUGAACAUAAAGGAUUGGGUGUUUCCUUGUUUUCUUCUAGUUUUGACAGAUUAGGUAGGUGUAAGAUGUAAGAUUCUGGGUAUGCCCAAAGAAUCAAAAGCAAAUCAGCAGCGAGAUGAAGGCAGCUGUAGAUUGUAGAAGGAAGAAAUGAAAGUGUGUACUCCCCUAAUUGUAUGCCGUUUUGUAAUGGUCAUGGUCGGGAAAUGCACACAGUUGUGUUUUAGAAUUA